AGAUACAGUGCUUUGAUCGUCUUUGAUCUUGACUCGUGACGCCAUCAACUCUUCCAUUUGUAAGCCGGGCCAAGCAGCGAGUCAGUCCAGCAAUUUCAGUCAAAUCAAAGUUCAGCGUCAAUCUGCACACGACCAAACACGUGCGAAACGGCAGCGGAAGAGGAAGAUGUUCAGAAACACAUUUCAGAGUGGAUUUUUGACAAUACUAUACAGCCUUGGAAGCAAACCUCUUCAGAUAUGGGAUAAGAAUGUCACAAAUGGCCACAUCAAGAGGGUCACAGACAAUGACCUUCACUCAAUGGUGUUGGAGGUUGCGGGGACCAACGUCAACACCACCUACAUAUCAUGUCCUGCAGACCCCAAGCAGACAUUGGGCAUCAAACUUCCUUUUCUGGUCAUGAUCAUCAAGAACCUCAAGGAGAAUUUCACCUUUGAAGUCCAGGUGGGGAAGGUGUUGGAUGAUGAAAACGUUCGGCGGCGUUUUCGGUUUAGUAACUAUCGGAGCAGGACACAAGUGAGUCACUUCAUGUGCACCAUGCCCAUUGGGCUGGAGGACGGAUGGAGCCAGAAUCAGUUCGACCUGUCGGACUUCACCAGGAAGGCGUAUGGAACUAAUUAUAUUGAGACGCUGCGUGUACAGAUCCACGGUAGCUGUCGGAUAAGGAGGGUGUAUUUCUCAGACGGACUGUACUCUGAGGACCAGCUCCCAGCAGAGUUUAAACUCUAUCUGCCUUUCCAGAAUCAAAAGGCCGAUGGGAGACGAACGCCUCUACGUGUAACAGGGGGUGGCCGGGUACCCCCGAUCUCCGGCAUUAGAGACAGACGCUCCUGCAAGGAGGCCAAAACUCGUGCGUCUGUCCCUAGAACGUCUCUUAAUGUGUCGGGGUGUGAGGUUUACUCGACUGACUGGCCACCGUUACUCUCACCCCCCCUAAACCUCACUCCAAUCCGGGCCACAGCACCAAUGUAAGGGGGGGUGUCCUCGUACCCCCGACCUCCGGCAUGGGAGACGAACAUUCCAGUCAGACGUCUGUCGCUAGAACGUCUCUUACUGUGUCGGGGAGUGACGUUUACUCACCCUGCAAAGUACUCGACUCUGAUUUCCUGGGCAUGGCAAAACAAAUCCAGUCGCUUUGGACAAAGGCAUCAGCAAAAAAUGUAUGUAAUGUAAUGUAAAAAGUUUGUAAUAUUGUUAAGUUAGAAUGAGUUUUAAGUGCUGUACAUUUUUUUAUGGACUACAUUCUUCAGUACAUUGUUUUUAAUUGAUAAUAGCACCUGAAGAUAUUCUGGCAAUAGUAGAGUUUUAUAAUAGUUCUAGGCAAAUACAGAUUGUACAGAAACCAUGCAUGUUCUGUUUCCUGAUAAAUAUCCCUGAUGAUUUCUGAUAAUCCAGUGUUACCUGCCAGUUGAAUGAAGACAACAUUUUUGUUUCAAUAUAUAUAUAUAUAGACAAGUGUUUUCGUCAAAUAUAAACAAAAAGAAAAAAA